CUACAGCCUGGCCACAGUCCAUGGCUAUCUGUCUAAGUAGCCGUAGAUUCAGCUCACCAGUAUAGCCCGAUCAAAAUAAGCUGGUUUGUUGUGAUUGCUUCAGUGAAAUUUUGGUGAAAUUAGCGAUCCUCAAGCAUUCCGUUGAACCACCAUGGAUCUCCAUUUACUAUUUACUUUCGCUUUCAUAUUUGUAGGUGCAUAUGCUCAAAUAUCGAACGAGCUCGAUGUCGAUGACAUUAAGAAGCAAAUAGGAGAAAAUAUUCCUGACAUAGAUCUGGGUGCCUUCGAUGAGAGUAAAAUUCCACAAGCUGAUGAACUUGACCUUAUUUUCCGUAACAAAUGCGACUCCAAGAGCGGCAAUGGUACCUACGAUAAUAUUCAGUCGUCCAAAAAUGCCUAUCAGGAAUGCAUAUCAAAUUUUGUGAACGUAACAGAGCUAAGAGAAGAGAUCGAAGAGGCUAAAAAAACAGGUUCCAUGGAUGAAGUAUUCGGAAAAUACUGUAAAAAGUACCCAGAACUCUCAAACUGUACAGAUAGUUUUCUUGAGUCUAUUCAGCCAUGCUUGGAAGACAACGAGAAGAAAAGUUUGAAUAUGUCCAUUGCACUAACCCACAAGCUGAAGGAAUUUAUCUGUUACAAAAACGGUGACAGAUUGGCCAUGUUCGUUGCUGAAGGAGGAGUCGAUUGCUUACAAUCUCAAAAGGAUGCUAUACAACAAUGUCUCAAUAGUACUCUAGCAUCCAGAAUACCAUCCGAUGUCACCCCUAGCGUCUUCCCAGUAUUGCUCUUCGACGCUCAAGACUGCAGGGAUUUCGGUGAAUUCAGAACUUGUGUAGGAAAAGCUUUGGGACAUUGCAAUGAAACUACGCCAGCCAACUUGAUGGAUGCCUUCUUCAAAUUUUUCAAGAAGAUGACUCCUUGUGGGGUAGAACAGCAGAAGCUUGAAAGCACCAAGGAUGCUGCAUUCUCUUUAGUACCAAUAUCUAGUCUUGUUUUAAUUAUGACUGUACUUCUAGUCAAAUUAGUGUGAAAAUAGAAUUGAGCUCAUAUAGAUUGUAAAUCAGAAAGUGCGUUGUUAGCACUUCUAUGCUAUUUUUUAUGAAAUAUUGAUCCUAAAUUCAGCUACCUCUAGAAUCGGUUAUGAAAAUAAUUCGUAUUAUGAAUUACAAUAAUACUCCACAACAUAUCUAUGUAAAUAUCCGCUUUUUACAUCCAUUCUUACGUGGUGCAUCGAAUUAGUUUUAUUCGUGACAUAUUGUUUUUAUUUUCUCCUUAAGUUUUUAUAUUUGUAAUUGGUUCUACAUCUUUCAUUCAUUCCGAAGGUUGACGUUACUUUCUGUUAUUGUGAUAUUGUUUAUAAUGGGAUACUUAGUGAUCAAAUAAGAAUAAAUUAUUUCGUUGAA